AUGGAGACACCACGACCAUUGAAAAUAUACUUCCUCCCAUUCUUCGCACAAGGCCAUCAAAUCCCACUUGUUCAGCUUGCUCGCUUGGUGGCCUCACGUGGCCAGCAUGUGACCAUCGUCACCACUCCUGCAAACGCCCAACUCUUCGACAAAACCCUCGACGACGACAGAGCCACCGACCACCAUAUCGGCGUCCACAUCAUCAAAUUCCCCAACACCCACGUCGGUCUUCCGGAAGGCGUCGAAAAUCUAGUUUCCGCCACCACCAGCGCCACCGCCGGCAAAAUCCACAUGGCGGCGCACCUCAUCCAGCCUCAAGUUGAAGCUCUCCUCAAAGAAUCCCCUCCCGAUGUCUUCAUCCCUGACAUCCUCUUCACCUGGAGCAAAGACUUGUCCAAGCGUCUUCAAAUCCCGAGGCUCGUCUUCAACCCUAUAUCCAUUUUCGACGUGUGCAUGAUCCAGGCUAUUAAAACCCACCCCGAAGCCUUUCUCUCCGAUUCAGGUCCCUACCAAAUUCCGGGCCUCCCCCACUCUCUCACUCUACCGGUCAAACCCUCGCCGGGUUUCGCAGCACUCACGGAAUCUCUUCUUGAAGGUGAAGAGAACAGUCAUGGAGUUAUCGUGAACAGUUUCGCUGAACUCGACGCAGAGUACACUCAGCAUUACGAAAAUCUCACUGGAAGAAAAGUGUGGCAUGUGGGCCCCAGCUCCCUCAUGGUCGAACAAGCCGUUAAAAAACCUGCCAUUGUCAAUGAGAACAGACACGAGUGUCUCACGUGGCUUGACUCAAAGGAACAAGACUCCGUUCUCUAUGUUUGUUUCGGAAGUCUCGCUCUUCUUUCGGAUAAGCAGCUUUAUGAACUAGCCGCCGGUCUCGAUGCGUCCGGGCACUCUUUCAUCUGGGUGGUUCACCGGAAAAACAAAGACGAACAAGAGCAGGAGGAAGAAAAGUGGCUACCGGAGGGGUUUGAGCAGAAGAUAGGGAUAGAGAAGAGAGGGAUGUUGAUCAAGGGAUGGGCACCGCAGCCGUUGAUCUUGAACCACCCUGCUGUGGGAGGGUUUUUGACGCACUGUGGGUGGAACGCCGUGGCAGAGGCCAUCAGUUCUGGGGUUCCGAUGGUGACCAUGCCGGGUUUCAGUGAUCAGUACUAUAACGAGAAGCUUAUAACGGAGGUGCACGGGUUUGGCGUGGAGGUGGGAGCGGCGGAGUGGAGUAUCUCGCCGUAUGAUGGGAAGAAGGAGGUGGUGAGUGGGGAGAGAAUAGAGAAGGCUGUGAAGAAGUUGAUGGAUAAAGGAGAGGAAGGUGAGAAGACUAGGAAGAAGGCGAAGGAGAUGCAGGAGAAAGCAUGGAGAGCUGUUCAAGAAGGUGGAUCCUCACACAACAGUCUCACGGCUCUCAUCGAUCAUCUCAAGCCUCUCUUGUCUAGACAUGAUAACUAG